AUGAUUCGUCACAGACAAGCCAUUUCUGAUCCCGUUGCUGGAUACCGCUCUGAAGUCCUCCAGCUGCUCGAUCAGUUCCAUGAUCGGAAGAAGGCGCUGUUUGUACGCAACGCCAUCCCCAUUCACAAUCUCUGGGUGGCUAUAGGUAUGACUCAGCCAUUCACCGACACAUUAUAUUGGUCACAUUAUAUUGGUCACAUUAUAUUGGUUUUCCUUGCUCGCGAGAAAAUUGAUGAAUUGGAAGGCAUCAAGAUCGUCUCUUUUUUUUUUUCAAGACUCAAUCUGGCAAGCGAUCAACAUUGA